GCACGUGGAAGGGCGCCCGCCCUCGCCCAGCCCCGUCGCCUCCAAGAUGGUGUCUCUGACCGACUUCCAGCGGAUCGGCGUGGGACUGGUUGGCUUUGGCCUCUUCUUCCUCCUCUUUGGGAUGCUUUUGUACUUCGACUCGGUGCUCCUGGCCUUUGGGAAUAUCCUCUUCCUCUCCGGCUUGGUCUUCAUCAUCGGCUUCAAGAGGACCUUCACCUUCUUCUUCCAGCGGCCAAAGAUGAAGGGCACCAGCUUCUUCCUUGGUGGGGUUGUCGUCGUCCUCAUGCGGUGGCCCCUCCUGGGCAUGUUGUUGGAAGCUUAUGGCUUCGUCAACCUCUUCAGGAGUUUUUUCCCGGUGGCUUUUGGGUUUUUGGGCUCGCUGACAAACAUCCCCAUCCUGAACAAGCUCCUGCAGAAUGCAGGAGGCAGCAGCUCCAUGGUGUGACCUGCGAGAUGGGCCUCAUUGCUGGAGAUGGGAUGGCACAAGGAAGCCCUGGAUCCGGCUGUCCCGUGGUGAGCUGUCAC